GACUCUUCUGUGGCAACGGCUUGUUGCUGGUAACCGGGCGGUGGUCCGGCAGUGGUCAGACGGAGCUGCCCGGGGCACCCGUCAUGAAUCCGCCGGAAUCCCGGGAAGUCCUGGAGGAGAAGGAGGAGCACUUACCCACCCCUAUUCCAGGGCCCUCGUUACAUUCUAAUAACCCUCAGGAGCGGAUCCAGGCGCGGCGCCUCCGCAUCGCGGCGCGCCUGGAAGCCCGGCGGCGGGAAGCACUUGGAGAAUAUUUAGAUGGGAAAAAGGAGAGUGAGGAAGAUCAGAGCAAGAGCUGCAAACAGAAGGAAGAAAGCAGACUGAAAUUGGCUAAACUGCUGCGCUGUGGCACUGAGUUGGUGACAAAUAUCCAGGUUGCUGCAGAUAUCAGAGAGAUCCACAGGAGAGUCGAAGAAGAGGAGAUAAAGCGACAGAGACUUGAAAAGCUGGAGAACGAAGUCAAGAGCAGUCAGGACAAAUUUGAUGAGAUCACCAUGAAGUGGGUGGAGGGCAAACAGAAGAGAAUUCCCCAGGACCUGUGGGACAUGCUCAGUGCCCAGCAGGUGCACUGCGCAGGGCUAAUAGAAGAUAAGAACAAGCUCAUCAGCGAGUUGCAGCAGGAGUUAAAAACAAAGGAUGACCAGUAUGUAAAGGAUCUGAAGAAACAGUCAGACGACAUCUGCCUGCUCCUGGAGAGGAUGGAAGAACAAGUAAAGAGCUUGAUGAAAACCUUCCGUCAGGAGCUCCACCAUAUUGAGAAAGCAUUUGAGGUGGAACGACAAGAGCUGCUGGCUGGUAAUAAGAAGAAGUGGGAGCGGGCACUGGAGGCUCACAAUGCCAAGGAGCUAGAGUGUCUCAUGAACCGCAUCGAGAAAAUAGAGGACUAUGGGAAGCAGCUCGACAGGCAGAGGAUACGGGACUGUGAAGAGUACAACACAGUCAAAGUCAAGCUGGAGCAGGAUGUUCAGAUUCUUGAGCAACAGCUUCAGCAGAUGAAAGCCACUUAUCAGCUAAACCAAGAGAAGUUAGAGUACAACUUCCAGGUGCUAAAGAAGAGAGACGAAGAGAGCACAGUGAUCAAAUCCCAGCAGAAGAGAAAGAUCAAUCGCCUGCAUGAUGUACUUAAUGCUCUGAGAUUAAAGUAUAACAAGCAGAUAAAGCAGUUUCAGGAGGACAACCUGUCACUAACCUCAGACUACAAACGCCUUGUGAUACAAUUCAAGGAGCUACAGAAAUCCAUGAGGCAUUUCGCUCUUAUUGAUGACAAGCAGUUUCAGGAGAUUUGGCUGAUGAAUGAAGAGGAGGCAAAGGAUCUGAUAGGCAGAGCCUUUGAUGUAGACAAGAUCAUCUAUACCCAGCAUCUGGGGCUCCCCUGGACAGUACCUGAUUUCUGGUUUCUGAAGAAUGUGGGGCCUGUGUCUCAGAAGCAGCAGAAGUCUGCCACCCAAAUAUUAGAAGAAGUGCUGCUGCAAACAGAGGAGGGCAUGGAAGAGACUGCUUCAGAAGCAGAGGCUUACCUGGAGCUGCCCAAGCAAGUGUCCGCGAAAACAACCGGAAAGAUCCUGAGGCUCCUGUGCAACGAGUCGGGUUUCCUCAUAGAGAACAAGCUGCUGAGCCUUCUCCUUCCUCUGGAGAAGAAUGAAUGCUAUCUACUGAGGUUGGACGCCAUCUUCUCAGCCCUUGGAAUUGAAAGUGAGGAUGACUUGUAUAAACUGGUGAACUUCUUCCUCAAAUACAGAGCUCAUCAUUCAUCCUUCCGCCAGGAGCGAACAAGUCUGAUACCAGCCAAGCCAGCAGAGCACAGGGACUUUGAGGGAGAAGCGGAGGAAAGCCUUGUGGAAGGGGAGCAGGAAGGGAAGGAGACCCCCGCUUCUCCCAUACUCAUCCACCCCAAUGAUGUCCUCAAGAUCCUGGAGGCUUUUGUCAUGGCUCUGAAGAAGCCCAGGGACCCUCAGGCACCUGGGAAGUUGCUGAAGGAAGCACGAGAUAGCUCCAAGGACUCUGAGUACUGGGAGGCCCUGGCCUCGGUUAUCCCCUGCUCCACGCAGGCCCUCUGGGCGGCUCUGUACGCAGCGUUGGAGAAAUACCACUUUGUCCUGACCCAGAGGGCCAAGCUGCUGAUAGAAAACAGCUCUCUGGCACAGCAGAACACAGAGCUGCAGACGCUGCUGCAACAGUACCUGGGUUCCAAGAUAAACUCAGAACUGCAAGUUCCUCCCACUCAGGUGCUCCGGGUACCCAUGAAAUAGAUCUGGACUUCAAAAGGCUACUGUAUUAGGGCAGUGGUGGUUGAAGCUGGCAUCUAUCACCUGGGGAGUGAUAGAUUCUAUCUAUUCCUGGGCCCGCUCCCUGGAUCUUCCAGAGCUGCUGUCUCAGGGCCUGUCAAAGUAAGGCACUAAGAGGAAUUACCUGUGUCCUACAGUUAUUAAAGUCUUUAAAAAGUU